UUCCAAAGCGUUGCCUGUGAAUGGGGUUUCCGCACCCUUUCAAUCUCGUUCAAAGAGCUCCACUUCUUUCGUUGUUCCAAUACACGAGGCCACAAAUGGUAACAAAAGAAUGUUAAAGACAUUGAACGAAAUAUACAGCCCAGUUCUGAAGCUGAUGAAGCUAUUUGGAUCCUAUUACGGACACACAGACUUGAAGCAGUUGGAACACAUGGCAGCUGGAAAGCAUAUCUUUUCGAAGAUAUACUGCGGCUUGAUGGUGUCUCUCAUUUGGUUGAAUGUCGUAAUGGCUUUCUUUGGGAUUUUUCUUUCAGGCUCAGCUUACAUGUUUCUGAUGUUUGCCUUAGGCCAGGUUUUGAUAGGAAUCUGUGGGAUAACGUCAGUAAUUGUUCUCCCUUUAACUCUAAAAAGGAAAUCUCGAUUUGAAAAAUUUAUUCGCAGCCUACUUGCUAAUGUUAAAUUCAUUAAUUUAAAUGGGGUUAAGAAAAAGUCAAGAAAAACCUUCUUCGUAUCUUGUUUAGUAUUCUUGACUAACAUCGCUUUCUGUUGUGUUUGUGAUCAAAUAUUAGGCCUUACUAUUGCUUGUUGUGGACCUUGGAAUUGGUGGUUUGGUUUUAGAGUAUUUGCACUGAUUUCUUUAUUUACUGGGUCUGUAGGGUGGUUGCUUACGGUUCUUUUCUUCUAUGUUACUUGUCUCAUUCUGGAGGAAUGUUAUGAUGGGCUUUACAAGAGAAUGUCAUCUUUACCUCCCCUUUCUGAAGAUUUCCUGUCUUUAAAGAUGGAACAUCACAAGUUAUCGGAGGUAGUCGAGCUUGCAGACAAGAUGCUGUCACCAUUUCUCCUUGGAAUCAUAUCCAUUUACAUGCCGCUAUUGUGUAUCAGCUAUUACAACACCUUUAUUCUAACAGAGGGCACAGAUUCAAUAACCUUAGCCAUCACCUCGUGUUGGUGUCUGAUUGCAGCAACAUUUUUGUUGCUAGUCCUAUAUUCUGCAUCCAAAGUGAGCGAAAAGAUUCACAGUUUUCAAAGGAUUUUGCCGAGAUUACCCGUAUCCAGAUCAGAGGAAGGCAAGGUUGGAAUGUUGAUGUUCUUACUAGACCUUCAAGGAGAGCCAAAAGGUUUAUCUGUCGGGGGACUGGUUGUCAUUACUAAGUCAAUGUCCUUGACGGAUUUAUGUUUCUUCUACACUUUUUUCAGAUUGUUGGGGUGACUGUCUCCUACUUUGCUGUAAUGUUGUCUUUGCCGCGUUAAGACUGGCUACUUUCCCGGAUGGGGGGCUGUGAAAAUGCAUCCUCAGCAAAAGAACUGAAACUGUAAAUAAUUCGUUAUUUAAAAGGAAAUAUGCGCAUCAUGUAUUGAACUAUUUAAUGAACAGCUUGUAUUGCAAAGCGAAAAUAGCUUUUAGCUCAUUAAAAAUCGUUGAAUGCAAAAGAAAUUGUAUUGAGCAUUGACAAGGUAAAGAAAGACGUCGACUGAUUUGUUAGGAGUCUGAAAAACUUAUAUUAUUUGAUUUCUUCCCUUCUUCGUCGAUCAUUUUUCCGUUCCAAGUGGACGUGUUUUUGUAAUUCCUCCCAGGAAAGGAGGUAGAUUGCCAGCAUGACGCAAGAGCAAUGUAGGA